AUGUCAACAAUUAAUAUAUCGCCACAAAAACAACCCUUACCGUUUAGUGAAUUAGAAAAAGAGUUAAGUCAUAAUAGAGAUUUAUUUUAUAAACCUUUAGUAAAUGCUAGGGACAUUGCAUUAUCCUCAAAGAAAAAAGGAUCUCAGAAGGUUAACAGGCCACUAAACAGUUUCAUGGUUUAUAAAAUAAAUUUCAACCAAGUAGUUAAAUUAUAUGGUUACUCAUGGGGCAAAAAUAUGAAACAUGCGACGCGUUAUGCUUCAUUUCUUUGGAAGCAAGCAACACCACAAGAAAGAAGCAUAUUCGUAGAAAUAGCAAAUGAAUCGAGAGUAAUUCAUAAAGAAUUAAAUCCCGGGUAUAACUAUUCCCAUACUGUCAGAAGAGCCUCCAACUUUGUUAUGGUCGAUUUCUCCAAAAGAAAAAAUAGCACUAAUAAUACUAAUAGUAAUCAAAAGCUCAAAGAAUCAAAUCCUACCUGUCCGACAAUCGAUCCGACAACACCAACAACAGUUGAUUGUAAUAUAGUUGAUGAUUCUAAUCUUGCUAAUGAAGAUAUUAAUUGGUGUGGUAAAUCAGGCGAUAAUAUUUCUCAUAUUGAUAUUUAUUGUAUAAGGAUAAUAAAGGAAAAGAUAAUAUGA